AUGAAGGUUGUCAGUGGUCAAACUUUUGACAAUAGCCUGCUGUGGGACCAGUCCUGGGCCAAGCCCUACAACAUCAGAGGAUUCUGCCAGUCUCAGACCUCGACUAGUGAUGAAGAUGCCAGCAGGGGUCCCGUCUUCAACCCUGAACUGGUCAUUGCCCACUGCUUCAAGCAGUUCAAGCAGAAGGACUUCCACCUGCCUCAAAGCCGCCGGCGGAUCAUCAUCUUGCCUCGAAAGGAAGAUGCAACCUCCGUCGUCAAUCCAACACCACAGCCCCAGGCUCCCUCACAAAUCAUCCCCAGCUUCAAAGCCCUGGAAGCCAGGGACGUCCAAGAGCCCCCGGAGGAUGUGAGAACCUGGAUGAGCCAGAGGUUGAAAUUUCGGCAGGAACUAGAGUCAUGUGUCAACAUAGACAAGUGGCUGCAAAACAAGUCCAGCCUCACGCCUUCAGAGGCCAAGAUCUUACGCAUGACCCACAAGGAGCAUCCUGUGGCCCCGCUGAUGGCCCACUUGAUUCCUCCCAGCCCCACCAAGAAGAAAAUCCUCCGAUCAUUCCACCAACCGAUACCCCAGCUCCGACUGCCCAAGCCCUCUGCCCUGUUUGUCUUGUACUCCUACCUGCGCAGCCACAAUAUGAAGAUCCUGGAUAUAUUUGCCAGGGUGGAACAGAGCAAUAACCAGGCGAUCUCCAGGGAGCUGUUCAUUAUGGCUCUGAAGGUGCUUGAAGUCCCUCUGGGAAACCAGGAGAUAGAGGAUAUUGUGAUCUAUCUCAGCUCUCUGGGGAAGCACAACAACAUCACCAUGGAUAGCCUGAGCAACACCUACAAGCAGUGGUCCUUGGCUCAGCAGAAAAGCGUGCUGAGAACCACAAAGGAUUACUAUUUUAGGUCUUCCAAGCACAAAGCUUUGUCUCGGCAGCUGUCCAAGAAGCAGGUGAAUUUAGCUCCAAAGGCUCCCAAGAUGGACCUGCUGGCUGUGCCUGUGGUUGACACUCGGAUGGAGGCAAGGCCCUUGAGCCUGGAGGAGAUGGAAGACAUCGGCAAGCGGUACCGGCAGAGGAAGCGACAGACCAAGCUCACAAUCCCCUCCAUCCAGUACACGGAGCAGUGCCGCCUGGUGCGCAGUGGGAAUAAGUAUUUUGACAACCACUGCCUCCCGUCCACCAUCCCCGGGGAGAUGGGCGAGCUCAUCAAUCUGUUCCGAAGGGACACCUUUCUGCUCUACCUGAAGUGCCAGAAGGUCUGUCAGUACUAUGGCCUCCCGCUGACGGAGGACAUCCUCAUAAAAGCCCUGCUGUACCCAGGGGACAAGAUCAUUUUCCAGAAGGACGAGGUGCGCCCCAUCCGGCAGCCAGGAGGCUACUACGUGGACCUCCUCCUCAGCCCAACUGCAGCCCUGCUCAAGUCCCUGGGCUUCAAAGAGCUUGUGGCUAAGAAGACCAACAACCAAAGGAGUCCCACGGAGUCAAAGAAAAUGGACUUUGAAGAUUUUGAGAAAUUCACCAGGAAGCUGAAGGAGAAGAGGCCCCGUGGUCCACAGCGUACCCACCCCAAUUUCUUCUGGCCGGGUCACCUCCUGGAUAAACUGCAGCUCUACCUGCCCUCUGUGACUGUGGACCGGAGCCUGAUGCUAUUCAGUUGUGUGCAACAGCGGCCCCCAGUUUACCCAGCCACCUACCACUCCUAUCUGUGAUGGCCCAUUAGGAAUAGGGACUACUUGACCUGUGUUUAUUUCAAUGCCCCCAAGAUCUACUACAUCGACUAGAGUGGCCCAGGUGAUGUCAGACCCAGCCAUCCUGGGCUGGACACCAGUGCAGCUAGCAGCCCAGAGCCAUAGACACCAGGAGUGUCAAAGAGCCAAACAGAAGAAAUCAUUUCAGUGGGAUGGCCUGGGGCUAGCUGUAUCCAGAGUAAAGUGGUGUCCAGGGUCUCAGAGGCAGAUGUGUCCAGGGAAAGAUGUGCAAUUUUGGGGUGUUUCCCUGCCCUUUUGAAAUAAACCAGACUGGAGUUUCUAUCAUGUCACC